CUGCGUGCUUUUUUUUACCUUUUUUAUAUAUAUUAUAUAUAAUAUAAUAAAGGUAAGUUUUUUAUACAGAAUCUACGCGAGAACUCGUAUGUCGUGUGCAGCGUGACCACGCAAGCUAGCGGGAAGAAGACGGAAGUGGAUAUUGGAGGGGCACACGUGGCGACACACAAACAAAAGGAUAGGGUAAGCGAACCUAUUUCGGAACAGCACCUAUUUCGGAACACUUUAAUUUUGCUCCUGUUAGCUAUCACGUAAUGUCAAAUUUUAAUGCUGGUGAUAAAGAGCAUCGUAAAUAAAGUUUGUGAUGUGAAGAAAUGAACAGUACAUACAGAAAAUAAUUGACAAUAGUAUAUUUUUGUUAUUGGUUGUCAUGUCAGGGCGCUUCUGAGCGGGAUGAGUUACGGUAAGUACAAUAAUUUCAUCUUUCUCUUAUAUUACUUGCUCGUUCUCUUAUAUUUUAGACUUAAACAACAGUUAAAGGUUCAAGGAAGAUAAUCGUUGCUUAAUUGAAUUAUGAAACUAUGUUGUUGCGAAAUGCGGCUAUAUAUGAAAACAGACAAAUGUAGGCUGAGGUUAGGCAGGUCGCGCUUGAUAUAAAAUUAAAUGAUUCAUUAUUUUACGUUUAUGCAUUGAUUCUAGCAGCUGAAAUAUCUAUUUAAAAGACAAUUUAUUAUAGUUUCCUGAAAUAUUAAUUAAAAUUCUAUUUUCUUUGUGGAAAUUGUUGUAAAUAGUCUGAAAUGCAUAUCUGUUUUCACAAACUUUUUUAUUUCUUGUUAAUUUAUCUUGCUUUAAACUACUUAUUUUUAAUAACUACGUAUUUUUUUAAAUUGAACAGACGCGUUCUUAUUACAAUUUCUUAACAACCGCUUAGAAAAAUUAUUAAAAAAAUUAUUUUUCAGAGAUUAUUUUUUAAUUAUUAGGUUCAUCAUGCCGGUUUAUUCCGAGAAAGAUCUCGCCAUGGCUGUCAGUGCUGUACGUGAUGCAGGAAUGUCUUUAAGAGUUGCACAACAAAUGUAUAAUGUUCCAUUCCAAACCAUUCGGAAUCAUGCACUUGGCAUUAAUAAAGGGCACAAGAGAGGACCCAAAGUUAAAUUGCAAGAAUACGAAGAAGAAAUCAAAGAAGCCUGUGAUACUCUAGUCAAUAUGGGCUAUGGUCUAAAUAAGACAGACGUGAAAAGCUUGGCAGUGGAAGUGUGUGACAAGGCAAACAUACCACCUUUCAAAGCUGGAUUGCCAUCCCAGAAAUGGUUUAUAGGAUUUAAAAAAAGAAACAAUUUAAGUUUAAGGCAACCACAGAAUAUUUCUGCUGCAAGACUGUCCAUGACAACUGAGUCAGUAAAAGAAGAAUUUUUUUCAAAAUUGAAAUCAGUGCUGGAUGAUCUUAUCCCGAAAGGAUUGGAUGCCACAACAAUAUUCAAUCUAGAUGAAACAGGUAUUUGUACAGUACUGAAAAGUGGGAAAGUUUUAUGCUCUUCUGGUACUCGCGAUGUCCGAGCAAAAAAAGGAGGUGAAAGAGGUCAAAAUGUCACUCUCCUUGCUACAGUGAAUGCUACUGGCACCAUUAUACUUCCUCCUAUGAUUAUUUUUCGAGGAAAAUCUUUAAGUGAGGAGCAAAUGAGAAAUGCCAUGGAUGGUAUGUUGUUUGCUUAUUCUGCAAGGAGUUUUAUUGACAGUGAACUAUUCGAAAUGUGGUUCAAACGCUUCAUAAAUGAUAUUCCUCCAAAAAGGCCUGUACUCUUACUUAUGGAUGGACAUGGAUCCCAUAUCAAUUUGAGCGUUUUGGAGUUAGCCUUUCAAAAUGAAAUCACUCUACUCUGUUUUCCACCUCACACAACCCAUCUCUUUCAGCCAUUGGAUCGAGGUGUGUUUGGACCAUUCAAGAAAGUUUUCUCUCAAGAAGUAGACAAACUUAUUCGCAAAAACAAGAAAAAGAACUUUGGAAGAAAUGAUAUAUGUCAAAUUCUUACCCCAGCAUGGAGAAAAGCAAUCACACCAAAUAAUAUAACUGCUGGUUUUCGGUGCAGUGGCAUUUGGCCUUUCAAUCCUAAUGCUGUUCAACUCAAUAAUAAGAAACCAGCCAAAUCUUCAACUCAUCCUUCGACUUCUGCUUCUACUGAGAUUACUGUUUCUAUACCAGAACAAACCAAUCAGUGUAUAUCCCUUAAUGAGGUCACUCAGUUUACUAAAACAGGAGAAUCCCAAGUUUCUGAUAAAAAUAAAAAUGGUAAAAGUCUAGUUUUUCAAAAAAAGAGAAGCAUGCCUGUUACAACAUCAAAGCGAAUUGCCUGUUGUGAUAUCACAAAUAAGAUCACGAAAAAUGUAAAGCACUCAAAUAUUGUGCCACAGGUAUCACUCUCUCAAUUUGCGUGGAAACCAUCCGAGAAAUCGUCACUUGAUGUACAAGAUCAAAGGGAUUCAACUAUAGAUAUUCCUGAUCAAUUUCAAAAACCUGUUGCAUUUGAAUCCCCUGUAGUACUGUCCAACUUUCUUUGCGUCCACGCACCACAUACAAACUGCGACCGCGAAAAAAAAGCACGCUUCAAGGAGACGCCGAAUGACAAAGAUGGUAAAGAUUGUGAAGAUGAUGAAGAUGCUAAUACUGAUGACACACUGAGAAUAGGCUAUUCUAAUGAGCUUGAAUCCAUUAACUCCAAAAUUAAUGAGAUCAUGGAUUCAAGCUAUGAAAGUGUUAACGAACGACUAUGUGAAAACAAAUCCACCGCUUCGAAUUCUUACGAAGAUAAAGCACCCCGAUGGUGA